CCGACCAGGUGGACGUCCACCUGCUGCGCUGCCAGCAGCUGAGGCUCUACAUCCUGAAGGCCGGCCGGGCGCUGCUCUCUCAUCAGGACAAACUCCGACAGAUCCUCUCGCAGCCCGCCGUGCUGGACAUCGGCCCGAACCCCAGCGAGGACCCCGUGGUGUUGUCCCCUGAUGUGGGGGAUCUGUCCCCCGAGGGGCCGCUGCCUCCCAUGAUCCUCCUGCAGCAGCUGCUGUCCGCUGCCACUCAGCCCUCCCCCAUCAAAGCCAUCUUCGACAGGCAAGAGAUGGAG